CUUCACAGCUUUUAGUGAAGGCUUUUAGUAAGAAGGGGGCUGUUCAACUCUUUACUCUGGUGCCUUCAACCCCGGCCCUGAGGCAAUUUAGCAAACAGCCAUUGCCUACAAGUCUCAAAAGCUUGUCUUGGCCUCAGAUGGAUCCCAAAGAAGCCACUGGGAAAGAAAACAUGGGCACCAAGAAAAAGAACCUGACCUUCCUGAGGCCCAGGCUCUAUAUGCUGGAGAGAAGGAAGACAGACACAGUGGUUGACAGCAGUAUUUCUGGGGACCACUCUGGUACUUUGAGGAGGAGUCAGUCUGACAGGACCGAAUACAACCAGAAACUACAAGAAAAGAUGACUCCACAGGCUGAGUGUUCUGCACCUGAGACCCUAGCUCAGGAAGAAGAGCAUCAGAUGCAGAGAAUGAUGGCAAAGCGUUCGAAAAUCAUCAAGGAGCUGAUUCAGACGGAAAAAGACUACCUCAAUGAUCUAGAGCUGUGCAUUAGGGAAGUGGUUCAGCCCUUGAGAAAUAAACAGAUUGAUCGGCUGGACGUGGAUAGCUUGUUUAGCAACAUUGAAUCCGUGCAUCAGAUAUCAGCCAAGCUGCUGUCAUUGUUGGAAGAGGCCACAACAGACGUGGAACCGGCCAUGCAAGUAAUCGGAGAAGUAUUCUUGCAGAUUAAAGGGCCCCUGGAAGAUAUUUAUAAAAUCUACUGCUACCACCAUGAUGAGGCGCACAGUGUACUGGAAUCCUAUGAAAAGGAAGAAGAGCUGAAGCAACAUUUGAGCCACUGUAUCCAGUCCUUAAAGAAAAUAUACAUGCAAGAAGGCAAGCCAAACUUACUGGACAUGGGCUCUUUGAUGAUCAAACCAAUCCAGCGUGUAAUGAAAUACCCACUACUGCUCUGUGAACUCCAGGGCUCCACCCCUCCCUCUCACCCAGACUUCAGGGCGCUCGGGGAUGCCUUCACUGCAGUGAAAGACAUUAAUGUGAACAUCAAUGAACUUAAAAGACGGAAAGAUUUAGUUCUAAAAUACAAGAAGAAUGAUGAGGAUGAAUCACUUAAAGACAAACUGUCUAAACUAAAUAUUCAUUCAAUUAGUAAGAAAUCAAAAAGAGUGACAAAUCAUCUAAAGAUUCUGACCAGAGGAGAAUCGCAGGUAAAAGACAAUACCUUUAAUAGGGAAGAAAAGCUAUUUAGAUCUUUAGAAAAGACGGUGAGGCAUUGUGUGAAGAACAUUUCCCUCUGUCUUCAACACAUACAGGAUGCCAUGCCCUUAGCACUGCAGAGUGUAAUGGAGCUCCAGGACAUCUCUUGCAACAGAGAUAAGGAGGAGAGGAGCCAUUCAGAGACCCCGAGUAAUGCCCCACAACCCUGUGGUGACUUUGCAGCCCAUUUACAGAGGCUUGUCCUGAUGCCCCUGUCAGCCCUGCUGUCCUUGUUCCCUGGGCCUCAGAAGCUCAUCCAAAAGCGCUAUGACAAAUUGCUGGACUGCAACAGCAACCUACGACGGGCAGCAGGAGAUGAGUCAGACUUGGCCAAAAAGGAGUAUGAGGCCCUCAAUGCCCAGCUUGUGGAGGAGCUCCAGGUGUUCAACCAGGCUGCCCGGAAGAUUCUGUGGAACUGUCUGUGUAGCUUCGUCACUCUCCUUGGGGACCUGACACUUGUGGCUCAGCAGGUUUAUUCCACGGUGGCACCGGUACCACUGCUGGCCUCGAGCAUCUCUGAAAUUCAGAAUCGAGUACUAGAAGAGGUUCAAAAUCUUAAUUUUGUAAAGGACAACAGUGCCACCUUUAUUGAGAGGAAACUUAGUUUUGAAAAGAAGAAGCCUGUGCAAAUUCUGCCUGAAGUGCCACGUCAAACUGAUGUUCACCGCUCCAAACUUCUGUCCACGUACAGUAAAGAAGAACUCUACCAGGCAAAGCGGAAGUGCAAUGCUACACAAGAAUAUGACAUCAAUCUUCUAGGAGGGGAAUUGGUGGCUGUGAUGGAACAGAAAGAUCCACUGGGGAGUACCAGCAGGUGGCUCGUUGACACAGGAAUUAUAAAAGGAUAUGUGUAUUCCUCCUUCUUAAAACCCUACAAUCCUGCAAAAGUGCAGAAGGUGGAUGCUGAGAACAGGUUCUGUGAUGACGAUUUUGAUAACAUCAGCCUCUUUGUGUCCUCACGGCCAGCUAGUGACAGUGUCACAGGCACCCCAGAAAGUAGCGUAAGUGAUAGCAGCUCAUCUCUUAGUGGCACAUAUGGAAAGUUUGAAACAAACGGCACUGACGCUGACAGUUCUCAAGAGGUAGAUGAACAGAUUUUCUAUGCAGUUCAUGCUUUUCAAGCACGAAGUGACCAUGAACUCAGCCUUCAGGAGUACCAAAGAGUCCACAUACUUAGAUUUUGUGACCUAAGUGGCAAUAAAGAGUGGUGGUUGGCUGAAGUUCAAGGGCAGAAAGGAUAUGUGCCAGCUAACUACCUUGGGAAGAUGACUUAUGCUUAAGAAAAGAAGCCCUUGAAUUCUGUUUUCUGGCAGGUUAUUGAUGGACUACCUCAUAAAACUUACAAAAUGUUGGUCUAGAAAUCAAGAAACCUCCAUACUACAUGAACUGAUACUGUAUCAAGUUUUAAGGAAGACUGCUUCCUAACAAGAUCAUUUGAAAAGUAUUUUGAAGAAUAAAUGUUGAGGGAAACAGAAACAGCAAAACAAACAGCUAAAGCUCCAACUACCAACUACUUAAAAAUGGAGAUCUUUGAAAAGAUAAAUGUAUCCUUUAUCAGCAUGAAAGGCUGGAUCUAAGGAUAAGAUUUUUUUCAAUGUAUUGUAUUAUGUAUUUUGCCUCAAAUGUUUUUGUUUCUCUCAUUCUCUUUUGUGUGUGUGUGCACAUAUACACUCACACACAUGUAAUUAUAUUCAUUAUAUGGUUAUGUAUACUAUGUGAUAUAGAUUAUACACUGUUAUGCAUAAACCAGGGAGUAUACUAAAUAUACAUAAUAGGAAUUAACAGCCAGCUAGAAAUCUUUGUUGUGGAACAUCUCUUUACUGUAAGUUUUAAAUGAAAAAAACCCUGAAUGACCUCAUAAUAUCUAACAUUUACUGAAUGCAUACUACAUGACAAAAAUUGUUCUACAUGUUUCUUAUGUGGUAACUUUUUUUUUUUUUUUAACCUUUAUUGAUUUUUGAGACAGAGAGAGAGAGCAUGAACGGGGGAGGUUCAGAGAGAGAUGGAGACACAGAAUCUGAAACAGGCUCCAGGCUCUGAGCUGUCAGCACAGAGCCCGACGUGGGGCUCGAACUCACGGACUGUGAGAUCAUGACCUGAGCCGAAGUCGGAUGCUGAACCGACUGAGCCACCCAGGUGCCCCAUGUGGUAACUUAUUUGAUACUCACAACAUUAUGAAGAAACUGUGGCCCACAUGGAUGAAGUAAUUUAGCCCAGGUACACUGCUAGUAAGGGCUGGGACUCAAACCUAGGUCUGGUUCUGGGAUCUACACUCCUAACCACUAUGCUGUACCAACCCUCCAGGAGUAUACAUUUGCUGUCAGCAAAGCACUUAAUGAUGCACAUAAUGGACAUUGAUAACGACCAUUUUUCUCUCAGGUCAUAUUUAAGUAUUGAGAAGUUUUUCAAAAUCAAGGGCUAGGAGGAUUUCCAUGAUAUUAGUCUAGAGAAAAUGACGUAUCUACGUUUAUUUUUUUGUUUUGUUUUGUUUUGCUUAAACAUUUUUUAAAGUAUAAUUGUUUAAAAACGAUGCUACAUGAUCACUAAUGUUACUUGAAUGAGGAAAUAUUUUUGGAUCGCUCAAUCAUUUGGAUGAUGAAUGUGGAAUGUGUGCUCCAUGUUCUGAGCCAAGAUGUAAAUAUUUUUAGUUGCCGAUUGUACUUAGACAAAGAAGGCAUUAAGGAUAACAUUUGCUGAAACACAAUGUCCUGGGACACUGAACUUUCACUUGGGAAUAGCUCAAAAUUGUCCCCUAAGAUUUCAGGAUAUUUUGUCAAGACAUUUUAUUGACUUGUUGAUGCUCCUUUAGGACAGUAAAAAGAUUUAAAGUUUGACUUAGUGGUUUCCUUUAAACACCAACACAAAGUGGACUUUCAUUUCCCACAUAGAAUGUGCUAAUAAUGACAUUAAAGAUUUAAUUGUUACUUUGAAAGAUUUGAUCUCUAGAACGUAUACUGUAACAUACAUUACUGAAGAAUACAAAUAACAAAAUGAACAGUGAUUUUCAGAGGGCUGUUUUAAGUAUGCAUAUGACAUGUACAACCAUAGAAAUUCAUUAAGACAUUUCCAUGACAGAAUAAUUUGCAUUUCAUAAUAUUGUACCUGAAAUACUUAAUCUAAAGAUAGUUUUAUAAGGUUCUAAUGGUAAGUUGUUUUUGCAUAACAUUUUCUUGUUUUGAGUUUGGAUACUAAAAGAAGAUUCUCUUUUAGACAUACAGAGACUUUUUAUGUCUUUUAAAUGGUGCUUUGUACCCAAUGGUGAAAACAUAAUUCCAGUUUGCGUAGGGCAAAACAAAAGGAAAUCCAAACUUGCUACUUGUGGUAACUAUGAACAUGCCCAACAACCA